GAGAGGGAGAGGGAGAGGAACUCCGGCUGGGGCAGCGCUCCAAAGCCCUUUCUUGGGUAAAAAUCUCAUUUGAAGUACUUGGGUGUCACACAAGAACCUCCUGAUGCCAACUGCAAGGAGGUGCAGAAGGGUUCAGGAAUCUUCUGAUUCUGUGGGCUUCCUAUCACCAGUCUGAGAUGAAUGUAAAUGAAGGAUUGUAAGAUGGAACUUCAGUAAGAAAUCAGCAGGAAGAGAAGAAGAUCAGCAGGGGAAGAGAGCCUUAUCUUGAGGUGCACUUAAGAGCAUUCUUGAGCUGUUUCAUACAAACUACAUAAAAUUACCACACGACUAUUCUCUCAGAAUCACCCUUUCGUCCUUGAGGUGUUCUUUUUUUGGCCUUUGGUGAACAGACAUUUUGAAAAACAUACAGCAGUAAUUUUAUUUGUGGCUGAUUCUUGAAGAGUUUGGCAGCAAACUGCGUGGUAACAUUCUCUGAACUUCAGUUCUCAUGUCUCUUAUGGACAAACACAAAGUGAAGCGGCAACGCCUAGAUUGCAUAUUUGAAGGCAUUCGACCUCCGAUCAUGAAUGGGCCCAUGCACCCACGCCCUUUGGUAGCUUUGCUGGAUGGCAGGGAUUGUACAGUAGAAAUGCCUAUUCUGAAGGACGUAGCCACGGUGGCAUUUUGUGAUGCUCAGUCCACACAAGAAAUUCAUGAAAAGGUACUAAAUGAAGCAGUGGGUGCACUGAUGUAUCACACUAUCACUUUAACACGAGAAGACCUGGAGAAAUUCAAAGCACUUCGAAUAAUUGUCCGAAUUGGCAGUGGUUUUGAUAACAUUGACAUCAAAUCUGCUGGGGAUUUAGGAAUCGCAGUAUGUAAUGUGCCAGCUGCAUCAGUAGAAGAGACAGCAGAUUCUACAAUGUGCCACAUCCUGAACCUUUACAGGCGAACCACCUGGCUUCACCAAGCCUUGCGAGAAGGCACAAGAGUACAGAGUGUUGAGCAGAUUCGGGAAGUUGCUUCUGGAGCUGCCAGGAUUAGAGGGGAGACCUUGGGCAUUAUUGGAUUAGGACGGGUUGGGCAAGCAGUCGCACUACGUGCAAAGGCCUUUGGCUUUAGUGUUCUUUUUUAUGACCCAUACCUCUCAGAUGGCAUUGAACGUGCUCUUGGACUGCAGCGGGUGAGCACUUUACAGGACCUGCUAUUUCACAGUGACUGUGUAACCCUGCACUGCAACUUGAAUGAACACAAUCAUCAUCUUAUUAAUGACUUCACCAUUAAACAGAUGAGACAAGGGGCUUUCCUGGUCAACACAGCUCGAGGUGGGUUAGUAGACGAAAAAGCACUUGCACAGGCCCUGAAGGAAGGAAGGAUACGAGGGGCAGCCUUAGAUGUACAUGAGUCAGAACCAUUCAGCUUUAGUCAGGGUCCAUUGAAGGAUGCACCAAACCUGAUCUGCACCCCACAUGCAGCCUGGUACAGUGAACAAGCUUCAAUUGAGAUGCGGGAAGAAGCAGCACGAGAGAUCCGUAGGGCUAUCACAGGUCGUAUUCCAGACAGCCUGAAAAACUGUGUUAACAAAGAUCAUUUGACUGCAGCUACACACUGGGCCAGCAUGGAUCCAGGAGUAGUUCAUCCAGAGCUUAAUGGUGCUGCGUACAGCAGGUAUCCCCCAGGUGUUGUAAGCGUGGCUCCAGCUGGCAUACCUACGGCAGUAGAAGGAAUAGUUCCUAACCCCAUGUCUUUAUCACACGGCCUUCCUGCUGUAGCCCAUCCACCACAUGCUCCUUCCCCCGGCCAAACAGUCAAACCAGAAGCUGAUAGAGACCACCCAAGUGACCAAUUGUAGCCUAAGAAGACAGCAUUCCCAACAUUGGAGAUUUCAACUUCAGAGAGUGUGUGGAAAAAAUCUGGAUUUUGAAUAAAGGCAAAACCAUGAACUUACAGGAGGAGACAAUAAUUGUUUUAGAAACUGGUCCAAUAUACAGUAUAAAAGGAAAAGGUGGGAGACGAAAAGAAGAUUCGGAAACGUUUUUUCCUCCAUAUAAAUUGUAGUUUGUCCCUGUCCAGUGGACUGAUUCACUGUUUCUGUGUCCUAUGGGUUCUUUGUUAAGCAAAAGAAGUUAGUAGUUAAUUAUAUCAUGAAUGUACUUGUCUGUGUACAGUUUUUAGAACAUUAAAAAGGGUUUGUUUUGCUUAGCUGUCAACAAGGAAAAAACACAUAAGGGAGACAUUCAACAAACCAAUUUUGAGAUUAAAAUCCUUUCUUUUAUAUGUUAAAACAUGCCCAAAAAUGAGGCAGUUGGCAAACUUCUCAGGACAAUGAAUUUUUCCCAUUUUUCUUUCUACGCCACACAGUGCAUUGUUUUUUCUACCUGCUUGUCUUAUUUUUUAGAAUGAUUUAGUAAACAAAAGAAAAAACAGUUUUUCCUUAUUUUGGCAUGAAUUCCCUUAUUUCAAAAUGAAGUCAACAUUGCAAAGAGAUUUUGAGGAAAAAAAAAAAGGUUUUGUAUAAACAAGCAUUGUGCUUUUUGUCACCAGUUAAAGUAUAUAUUAUUGGUGGUUUGCGAAAAAGGCACUAGACUACUGAAAAGUAGCAGCAUUUCAUUGCCUACAUUGAUUCCUUCCUGGUAAUGUGGUAGGCUAGCAAUAUUUUUGGUUAAAAUCAUGUUUGUGACUGUAACCAUUUGUAUGAAUUAUUUUAAAGAAAUAAAAAUCCCAGACAAAUAUCAUAUGUGUAAAAAUUUUUAUUUCUAGUAUCUGUUUGUUUAUUCAACUUUUAUUAGGUUUCUUAGAUGUAAUUUUUAAAAGGAUGCUGUCAAGUAUUUCAUUUCUAGCUUUACUUUGCUCUCCGUUGUUUGUAAUACGCUCUUGGAAGCUUGAAAAAUAAAAACUCUUUCCAUACCA